AUGGCGCAGCAGCAGAUGCAGCCAACCGCUGGCUCGGGCGUCCUAGAUGCCGUGCCGCUCUUCGUGGUCAUCCUCCUCGCGGCCCACGUCCUGGCCCUCGUGCGCUUCCCACUCGCUUUUCUUCUUCUUUUUCGUUCCCCCGCGCCUACACGGUACACGCUUUGUCGAUUUGAUCCCGCUCAGAUCCGGACUUAUCACCCCUCUUCACUCUGGCUGCAGGUGUUCUGGAUGUACAAGCUGGCCUGCGAGAAGCAACCACCCCGGAGGAAGACGCAGUGA